CCUCGGCCCGCCUCCCGAAGAGCCGCCCGCGCACGCGCCUUAGCCCGGCGUGGGCGGGGCGGGCGCCCAGGAGAGCGCGGCCAUGGAGGCCGGGGGGCAGCCCGCUGCGCCCCACGUGUCUGUCAUCCUCCCAGUCCACAACGCUGAGGCCUGGUUGGACGAGUGCUUGAGGUCUGUGCUGCAACAGGACUUCGAAGGCUCCAUGGAGCUCUCGGUCUUUAAUGAUGCCAGUAAGGACAAGUCUAUGACUAUCAUUGAAAAAUGGAAAGUGAAGUUAGAAGAUUCCGGUAUCCUCGUGGUCAUUGGAGGGCAUGAUUCUCCGUCCCCCCGAGGAGUCGGAUAUUCUAAAAAUCAAGCAAUAGCGCAGAGCUCGGGGUCUUACCUUUGCUUUUUGGAUUCUGACGACGCGAUGAUGCCGCAGCGGGUGAGGCUGCAACAUGAAGCUGCUGUUCGGCACCCAACAAGUAUCAUAGGCUGCCAGGUGAGGAGGGAGCCCCCCAACUCCACCGAGCGAUACACACGUUGGAUCAACCAGCUAGCGUCCGACCAGCUUCUCACCCAGGUGUUCACCUCCCAUGGCCCCACUGUCGUCAUGCCCACCUGGUUCUGCUCUCGAGAGUGGUUUUCCCAUGUGGGCCCCUUUGACGAGGGCGGGCAGGGUGUGCCCGAGGACCUGCUCUUCUUCUACAGCCACCUCAGGAAGGGCGGCGGGGUCGUCCGAGUGGACCAGAGCCUCCUCAUCUACCGCUACCACCCGAAGGCGGCCACACACUCUGUCCUCGAAAGGAUUGGCGACUCUGUUCUUCCCCCAGAGGGCAUGAGCUUUGCUGGAAGGUGUGGCUUCUCAACUGGGAUCCUCUGUCCUGGGAGGGCUGAUGUCCACUUACAUGGAGGGUGCCAUGUCCACUGUCACAACAGGACCACCAUCUGGACCCACCGUGUCCGCUUUCUGGAAGAACGGGCCCUGCCACACUGGGCUGCCUUCACCAUCUGGAACGCAGGCAGGCAGGGCCGCCGGCUGUACCGCAGCCUCACGGCGGAGUCACGGCGCAAGGUGGUCGCCUUCUGUGAUGUGGACGAGAACAAGAUCAAGAAGGGCUUCUACUCCUACGAGGACUCAGAGGAAAGGCCCAAGCCCCGGGUUCCGAUCCUGCACUUCCGGGCUGCACGGCCACCCUUUGUCAUCUGCGUGAAGCUGGACCUCACAGGAGGUGCGUUUGAGGACAAUCUGAGGUCACUGCACCUGCAGGAGGGCCGGGACUUCCUUCACUUCAGCUGAUGGACCCGUAGCAGCUGCUGCCAGGCCGAGGCCCAGUACCUCCUUCUUGGGGUGUGACUCACGCGGGGUGAAACGCACGGCUGAGAGCACACAGCCUCAAGGGAGUGUGCAUGUUCCUCCGACACAUGUGCAUUCGCGUGUAGCCACUGCAGGCCAGACGCGGAGCAGUCCCUCUGCCCUCCUGGAGCCCCACACCUGUCUGUCACCCAGAGGGCAUCUUCCGAGGACCAUCCACGAGUCCGUCGCAUCAGGGGCUCAUUCCUCCCCUUUCUGCACGGCACCCUCAGGGUGAAGGAAUCACAGUUCAUUUAUUCCCUGCCCUCCUGGUGGACACCCAUGUUGUCUCCAGCUCUGGCUGUCACGAAGAAAGCUUCUGUGCAGUCUGGACACGUUAUGGCAGACCUGUGAUUUCAUCCCUCUUGGGAAACACCUAGGGGUACUAUUACCGGGUCUGACUUUAUUAGAGAUGAGGACGUGAACAGAGACGACGUGAGAACAGAGGCUGUGUGGCAGGGUGUCGGCCCAUCACCCGGCAGGCAGAGGCUCGAGGGGGAUGGCUCCCUCUGCUGUGCCUGAUGGAGGCCAUGGGCCUGGGGAAGCUGGGUGGCUGACCAGAAGCGGCCGUCCUCGUGAUUGGUUAGGGGGCACCCUGGCUUUCUCUGGCUGGUCCUAAGUUGGAAGUGGGGCAAGAACUAGAGAAGCUGGUGGUUGUUGACCACAUUCUGGGUGGCUGCCAUGAACUACUGCUUGGUUUCCUGGACUGGCCACUGCAGGCUGUGGGCAGCAGUCCUGUUUUUGUAGAUGGUCUGGUGUUGCCCAUUUGUACCUCCAGUCUCUCAGUCCCAGGAACCCCAAUGGCCCAACUCAGGCUGAGAGAACAAAUCCCAUCAGCCAUGAGCAUCAGCCUGAGUGCGGAGCUUCUCCUUAAAGGCCAUAGGCUGCCCGUUGCCCUCUGCCUGUCUCCUCGAUCCCAAAACAAGAUCAUCAAUACGCUGUAUCCUUUGCAUCAUGACAAGUCCUGCCGCAGUCAGUGCUGCCUGCCUGUGUGGGAACCCCGCUCUGAAGCUCUCGUGAACGACCAGCAGUUGCUCGCCCGGUGGAGCGGCCUCACCGUGGAGCUCACGGAGUUGGGAUUUCCAGCGAUGGUGAUUUACAGAAUCCGGUCUGCGUGCAGAGUCGCAGAAGACUCUUCCUGAAGCACAGGAGGUGUUGGUCUAAGGCAGGACGACCAGGUGCUCCAGCCACGGUGCCUGACAAUCUGCUUGUGUGUUUGUUUUUAUACUGCAUGCUAUUAUUGUCCAUCUUUUAAAAUCCUACAUGCUUUAAGAAAUCCGCCCAUUUGGCCAUUAUUCUUUUUGUUUGCAUGGUCACUGUUUAUUCUCUGCUCAGCAUUCCUCCUUGCAUCUGAGUCUGUUCAACUGGGACCGUCUUCCUGCUGCCUGGAGUUUAUCCACUAGAACAGUGGUUCCCAACUGGGGCAGGUUUGCUGCAAGACUGCUGGUGACUAGGAUGUUGCUAGACACCCUACAACACACAGGACAGUCCCCACAACAAAGAAGUGUUCAACCCCAAAUGUCAGCAGUACCCAGACUGAGAAACUAGCCAUGCACGAGGGGCUUGUGUUGUCUGAAUGUGACUUCAUUCUGCACUUUUUUGAAUGGCAGUUUUCCUACCAGGGUGGUGGUUAUCCUCUCUCGGCACAGUGAAGAUCUACGCUCUCAACUCCACCGUUGCCGCUGGGACAUGGGCAGUGCUGCGUACUGCCGUGUCGUCUGGCUGUUGGUGCAGUUUCCCUGUGAUGCAUCCCCGUGGGAGCGCCUGUCAUUCUGCUGGAUCCGCUAGCUCUGCACCUGGGGAUGGUGCCCCCGCGACAAGUACGGGGCGUCCGCACCAUCUCUUUCUGAGAUCCCGUCACUCACAGGCCAGAUUCUCUUUGGUGUCUCUUGACUUUGCUGUCACAUUUUCCAGUUUUUUCCGGAUGAUUUCUUCAGAUUGUCCGGUUCUCCAGUUCUCUCUUCAGCCAUGUCUACUUGGUGGUUUAAUCCAUCCAUUGAGGGUUUUUCUUCUAAUGUCUUCUUGGUAAUUUCUAGUCCUUUUCAAAAAUGAAUUCACUCUAUAUAUUUCCUGUCUGCUAUUUCCAGUAUCCUAAGUCUCUGGGUCUGGUUCUGUCAGGUCUUGCUCAUGGUGCCUGUGUCCUGUGCGUUUGGGGGACUGUGAGAGCGUGGGCUCAUGCUCUUUUAUUCCCUUCUCCCAGAGGGCUUCCGCUCGCCUCUUCUGCCCGUCUGGGAGCACCCUGCUCAGGGCCAGGCUGAGCAAGUUUUCCAUGUUAGGAGUUUGGCUGACGGCAUAGGCAAUGUGGGUCUCCAGGAGAGGCUCCCUUCCCCAGCACCGGGCAGAGAUGAGAUGGAAGGGUCCUGUGGCCCUUUCUUGGAGGAGGACUUAGUUCUUGUUCACCCUGUUGCUGAGCACGCAGUGUUUAGGGCCCACCUGUACGGGGGUCUCCUGUUAAAUGAAACUUCGUGGUCCGACUUGGGGCUCAGCAGAUGCGGCCCUCAGGGCCUGCGGGCCCCACUCACCUGGAGGGCUUCUGCCUGUCCUGAGUGCUGUGCGCAUGGCGGUCCUGCUUGCUCUCCUUGCCUCUACAAAGGCACUCUGCUCUCUGCUGCCCCUCUGCGGCCCUGUCCAAGGGGCUUCUUGACCACGUCCUCCACAAGACAGCAGCCCAGCACACUGUCCCGCCUGCUGUCUUCCCUCACAGCACUCGUGCUGUUUCCCACAAUCCACAGUAGCUCAUUUGCUAUUUUAUGCUUCCAGCUCUGACCUAAGUCGCGAGAGUCUGGGGCUCCCCACCAAAUCCAUCACUGGGACCCAGGUGGGCUCCAGAAACCAUGGCUGCACGAAGGAGGGUGGCCCAGCCACCAGGCACCUGGUUGGAGCGGGUGGUGACCACUGGGGCCUGAUGUGCUGAGGGUGAGUGGAAGCAGCUGGACCCUAUCUCCCAGCUAGUGGAUGAGUCCAGUUUCCCUUGGGUGGCAAAGCUGGACCAGUAUUAAAAGAGCAUUGAUGGGUCUACGUGGUGAACUGGCCAGUCUCCACGUCUCAAAAGGCCACUUCUCUGCAAUCCUGUGGGGAGGUUUUUUUUUGUUUUUUUAAACAUUUGGAAACACUUUUUUAUUUUUUGCUGGGAAAGAUUCGCCCUGAGCUAACAUCCAUUGCGAAUCUUCUUUUGUUUUUCCCUCCCCAAAGCCCCAGUACAUAGUUGUAUAUUCAAGUUGUGAGUCCUAGUUCUUCCAUGUGAGCCGCCACCUCAGCAUGGCAGCUGACGGACGGGUGGUGUGAUUCCAUCACUGGGAACUGGAUCUGGGCUGCUGAAGCAGAGUGCACCGAACUUUAACCACUGGACCACCAGGGCUGGCUCUUGUGUGUGUGUGGUUUUUUUCAAUUACACUAAAAACAGUUCAUUUUGUUGCUUCUCAAAAGCUGCCUGCUUGCUUUUCUGUUGCCAAGGCCCAGAUGCUGCUCUGCGGGCACCGUCUCUGCUGCCCCUGGCAGAUACGAACACAGGACCUUGUGGGGCAGCCCUGCAGAAGAGCCUUCCCACCAGCGUGGCCUCACGUGGCCUGUGGCUUAGCCUGGACACAGGCCACUGGGCCAUCCAGGACCCUCACCAUGUGACCUCUGCCAGUCAAGUGGUCUGUGGCUAAUCUUUUGUCUAAAGUGGAAAACUUCCUUCUUUUCAAGAGGGAGGCAUGUUUUUAGGCUUAAAUGAAAUAAAGUCAAUCUACAAAGUUACAAUCUCACACAAGUAUGAGGUAAGGCUCUUUCAGGGGUUAAAAAUGAUCUGUCUCAGGUCCAGCCAGUGCAAGGCAAGCGUCGCCACAAGUCCAGCACUCAGCCUAGGCAGGAGAAACCAACUCCUGGUGAGGCUGCAACAGCCAGGAUGGCACGCCCAGUGGCUGCCCCGCCAAGUGGCCCGAGCUGGGCCUCCCAGCCCACGGACCUGUUGUCACGCAUGUCCCGAGGGGCGGUCUGUUCUGCAGCCCAGGUGCACCAGCACCAUCCUGGGUAUGUGGCCCCCAUGACAGCACAACCUGCAUCUUCGCCUCAGAGGUGGACAAGGGCUGCUGCGUCCAGACCUCGGCCCACGGAAGAGCAGGGGCACCAGGAACCUAAGCUGUGCAAAGCUCCACAGCAGGCAGGCCGACCCUGCUGGGCACUCGGGUGUCUGAGACCAGCCACACGAGUGCACGGUCAGCAGGGAGAUGCUCCCUGGCUCCAGGAUCGGUCAGUGUGAACUCGCAGUGGACUAAUAAGGAGAAGUGCAGCUUUUCCCAGAACGAACAAGUGAGCCGUGGCACUUCCCAUGUUUCCCCUGAGAACCCCACAUCUCGGAGGGUGUGCAUGGGGUUCGGAGCAUCCUCUUGCAGCAGGCAUCUGUAAAGCCGCUGGCCGCACGCUGCUCGGGGGCUCCUGAGCUGCCAGACUAUCUCUCAUGUGUGGCUGGAGCUGGUCUCAGGCAGGAUUCUAACAUGCAGUGUGUGCUUUCUGAGUGUACAGAACUGAAUGAAGGAGGUGAUGUGCGUGCGGCACCCACGUGUGCUGGAUGCCGGAACAGACUGGAGGUGGGAAGACAGCCGCUCCUGCCCUGCAGAACCGACCCAGAAAAGAGGGUCUGGACCGUGCACGCCAGCCGCCCAUCUUUCCAGCCCUGUGGUUCUCACUGAACCACACGUGUCCCCCGCACAGCACACUGCAGCUAAGACCAUGCCGAGCAAGGCCGUGGCUGGACGCUGCCGCAGCAACAGCACAGGAGGCUGCGGCCGGCCUGUCGCAGGCCUGGUCCCCCUGGGCCACCCCAUCUGUGGGGGGGCAGCACAGAGGAGGAGGAAGCCUGCAGCCCUUUCUGGCCUCUGGUUUACCCCCACCCGAGGCUGUCCAGUUGCCCUCACUUGCACCAGUGUCACACAGCCAGACGCAGAACUGCUCAAGACACGAUUUUAUAAGAUUUUACAAGACAUGGGCUCGUGAUUAAGUCAAGAUAAAAGCACCAACACCCCAGGUCACUCGAGCGCAGGACACGUGUGUGAAGCUGCCUCCAUGGUGACAAAGUCCCUCGGCAUAUGCACCAGCCUGGGCCGCCCUCCGCUGGCCGAGACACUGUGCCCAGGUUUUUCGUGCUGACCGUCACCUGGCUCCUCUUCCCGCCAGGUGGCCUCAGGGCUCCGCCCCCAGGACUGGCCUCAGUGGGUGCUGGGCUGUGGAGGAUACGACAGGGUCAGGCCGGCAGCACCAUUUCCCCAACGUCCCAGGAGCCGUGUGGCCAACACAACUUCUGGGGAGGGGGCAGGUGGCUCCCUUCUGCUCUGACUCCACCCACCAGCAUGCAAAACCUUCCUGAGGAGAUGUAAGAACUGUGUUUACUGGCAGCCAAUACUGCGCUUGGCCUUCACCCAGCAGACAGGAGUCAUGGCUCAGCCGGCCAUCUCCACCAUGAUCAGCGCCCGCCCCCUGCACCUGGAGGGGGUACCUAUGGGCUGAGGGAAGAGUGGGCUCGGCAGAAAGUCAGUACAGCACCAGGAGGGGAGAGAAGGGAGAAGAGGAAAUCAUCUCAGAAACAACCACCGCAUCACCAGUGCCUACAGGAGACGCUGGCACAGCGAAGCCCCUCGGAACGAGAGAAAUGGCAGGCAGGCCAAGCACACGCAGCAGGAGGCCCCUGCCUGGGGAGAGCCCAGGUCGGUCUGAGAUAGGACCCAGGAAGGUGAGGGGUGCAGGGCCCAAGCUCCACGCCUGGCGCCACCCUUCCUUUCAACACAGACGACAGCCAACUGGACAGGGGACCACACAGCAACAGUCAGCAGGAGGGGAGUGCAAUGACAGAACUCCUGUGAUCACCCAAAGAGAAGAAAGGAGGGAAGAAGUAGACGGUGAGGUCAAGUGGAAAACGGAGACGGCAGAAAUAACCUCGAUGAGCCUGACAUCACACCUUAAAUCUAAGUGGGCAAAACACUCCAACCCCUAGAGCUCGUGGCAGUCACCUGCCUGCUGCUCACACGCGGCCUGUUCAAUGUAAGAGCACACAGGGCUCGAACACGACAUGGUCGAGAGAGACAGACAACACAAACACUAACCAAAGCGCCCAGUGUGGCUGUGUCAGGACCAGGGGGCUUCUAGGCAUGAGGCCUCACCACAGAUAGAGAAGACCCACCGGGAAGAUGUUACCAACGUGAACACACAAGCACCCAGUAGCAUGGCUCCAAGUGUAUCACAGAAGUUGAGGAAAGUAAAAGAGCUGAGGAAUCCACAGCACAACCUUCUCAGUAACUCACAGAACAAGCAGACGGGAUACCAGGCAGGGUUGGGGAGCCCAGUGCAGCACAGUUAGGAAGAAGCCACACAAGCUGAAAAUGAGCCCCUUUUCUCAGCCCCAUCAGAGAACCGAGGUCACCACCCCAAAGCUGGAGACAGGCGAGUCCAGGGAAUCACAGUGGAGAUCAGCUCCCCUGGAGCACAGGCCAGCCAGUGGAAGAUGAACCAGGGCUUCAUUUAAAUGGUAAUUCUGACAAACUGCUGGAGGCUGAGUGAACUAGCAUGAGAAAUGGGGUCGGGGGAGGCAUCUUAGGGGGCCCCACACUGUCCUGGUUUCCCUCCAGGAACCUACCAGGUUCACCUGGUCAAGAUCCAGAAAAGAACCCGCUCCUGGUUCUGGCAGGGAGGGAACAGUAGCCGCCGUGGUCCCCCCCGGCCGUCUCCAGGGGAGGGCCUGCCAGAGCCCACAGCGCCAGAAGGGGUCAGGGCCUCAAGCAGGCAGACUGGGGCCGCUGCGGCAGGGAAGGGGGCUGCCAUGGGAGACCCUGGUGAAGGUCGCAGGCACAGACCCAGGCCCACAAGGGCUGAGGUUUAAUCAGAAGAUUACAGAAUGCUCCCCUUCCCCCGUCCAACCACAUCACCAACUACCUCCAGCAUCACCAUGGGUUCCAGCUGAAAAAGCUGCCAGACACAGACGCUCCGAGGAGGACACAGGGACGCCCACAUCAAGGGCACCAAGGACAAGGACGUUGGAGGAAUCGGAAGCUUUGGAACCUGCAGCAAACACUGAACAGAGUAACUCCAGCCAGACCAACAUGAGUCCUCACAAUAAUAAGGCCCAUUCACCACAGUUCCCACCACCCAGCACAUGUCUGGCUUUCAAUAAAAACUUACAAAAUAUGCCAAAAGGAAAGAAAAAGCAGAGUCUGAAAAGACAAUCCUGAGCAUCAGAACCAGACUCUGAUGUGGCAGAGAUGUUGGAACUACCAGACCAGAAACUUGACACAACUGUGAUUAAGAUCCUAAGGCUCUGAUGGGAGAAGUGGACGCCAUGCAAGGACAGAUGGGUAACAUAAGCCGAGGUGGAAACUCUAAGAAAGAAGCAAAGGAAAUGCUAGAAAUCAAAAACACUAUAACAGAAAUGAAGAGUGCCUUUGAAGGGCUCAUCACACAACCAGACAUGGCCAAUGAAUCAGUGAACUUGAAGAUCAGUCAGUAGAAACUUCUCAAAUUCAGAUGCAAGGCCACCUCAGCCACACUCCUGGCAGGUUCUACUGUGCAAACUGACAAGCCAGUUCUCUAGGUGUUAUGGAAACCCAAAGGACCAAGAUCCAUCUCUGCAUCUCAAGCCCUAAAACUGACACCCAUGUCUGUAGACACUGUGGUGCUGGCUUACGGAGGACAGAGAUCCAUGGAGAACUAAGGAGAAUGGUGACGCACUGCAGCCAGAAAGGAGCUGGGUCAGCAGCAUAUGGAGGGACAUGUCUGCUGACCUCCUUCACACCACGUGUAAAACCAAGUCCAGACAGACUUCGAACCUAAACAUAAAAGGUGAAACAGUAAAGCCUCCAGAAAAAAACAGGAGACUAUGGACAUAAACUUGGAGUAGAUAAAGACAUCUUAAACGGGACCCAUAAAAAAGUGAAAAGGGAAGAAAUGGUGAGCUGUAAUAUAUUAAAUCUAAGGACAAGAAGGCAGCCCCUUGAGUGGGAGAAGAUAUCUGCAGUUUGCAUGACUAGCAAAAAAUCAAGAACCCUGACAAAGCGUGCCACCUUGUGACCAGCACUCACUUCUGCAUGGACAGUCUUCCUCCAUAAAAAGCUCAAACACGGUCUCUCCAAAGCCAGAGUUCACACCUAAGUCCAGAGGACACAGCCCACCAGGAUGAGGAGAAGGAAUGUGGGGACAGGGCUGAGAGCUCACUUAGCCCCUGGCGAUCAAGUACAUGCUGCUGUGACCUCCUCUGCAGCUCCUGCAGCACAGACAGACUGAAGAGAAAGUCCCAAUUCUCUGCCAACUGCAUACCCCAGAGUCUGAAAUCUCCCACUGACCACACAGAACCUGGAAGAUCAGCUCAGGGCCCUGCCCUCUCAAAACCACAGAUACAAUGCACACACCAAGGCCAUGGAAACGCAGAACUCGUGGCAGACAGCAGCAGGCCCCAGAAGACCCUGGGUGAUGACAGAGUCCCCAAAUGGGACAAGUGUCCAGGGAGGAGACGCUGGUGGAAACACAGAAGGACCAGAUCAGGGUGCCGAGGAGGCCUCUUCCAACACGAGGGAGGCCACAUCUGGGAGGAGAAAGCUCGGGCAACGCCACCUCCUCCGAGGGCUGGAGAGGCUGGGUGGCCACCGCCCCCAGCAGACAGCCUGUCCCGGGUACGGACGCAUACCAGGACACACUGGAGACGUGCCAGCAGGAGAGGGAGUCUCCAGGAGGUGGAGUAGCAGCUGGCACACACAAGUGGGCUGGGCAGCCGUGAGCAUCACCAGCUCCUUGUCUCUGCUUCCGAAGGAACAGCUGACUGGGAGGGGUCCCUGGGGGCCUGGCUCUCGGCGGGAAGUGGGGGGGAACGGGGGGUGUGCACAUGCCUGCCGGCCUCUGCUCUGCAUCUCUGGGGGUCCCAAAAGCCUGUGUGGACCCCAAUGGGGAGAGGGGCAGGCAGUGUGGACCCAGGAUGUUCCAGGCUCUGUAGGGGGUGGGCAGUGUGGACCCAGGAUGUGCCACUCUGUUGGGGGCAGGUGGUUACCUUGGGGACCAGCUGUGGUCUGGGCACUCCAAGCAGGUCGCACAGGCGGUUCCGCUGGCCUCGCACGAGUGGGAGCUCCGCAUCCCUGGGGAGGAGAGGGCAGGGCAGCUUCAGCCACAAGAAGGGUCGGCUCACUCGCAGCUAAGCCUGCCACCAACUUACACUCUGGGUAGACUUCCUGCCGGGUGCAGAAACCCCAAGACAUCUCAGACCAGGGGAAAUCAGGAACAACGGCUGCUCACCCCAGAACUCCAACUGGGCUUUGCCCCGACCCCUUUCUCGGAGAUUGCAGGAGGAGCAGCGCCGCCCAAAGGAAGGGUCCACCACAGGGAGAUGCGGCCGAACAGGCCCAAACAGGGAACAGGGAAUGCUGGGACCGAGGGGGAAAGGGCGCUGCCUGGGGAGGCAGGAGAGAGGGAACACAGAUUUUAAUCCAUGGGCUUUGUUAAGUUUUAUUUGACUUUGAAAGCUAUUUAUUACUUUCAUUAAAAAUAAAAAUUGAAUUUGGCAACACCA